CUAGCUAGUAGCUACGGGCUAGUGGCUACCUAAAUAUUUUGUUGUUUAUGUAAUUAUUUAAUAUUUUAUUGUUUUAUCGAAUACUGUCAAAAUAUUUAGUUGGUACGAAAUGAAAGUGAAUUAAAAUAUUUGGAAGAAACAGAGACAAUGAGCAUGACUGUAGAUACUGAUUUAGGGCGCUCGCCACUGUCCCGACUUACUAAUGAAUCUCGAAAUUUACUAUCCUCUCUGCUGAACACAAAAAAGAUACUUCCGUGUAUUUGUCCUGAUCAAAUUAAGCGUCACAGAGAUUGGAGGGGAGUAGCAUCACUUGCCAAUAUUUCGUCUGAAAUAGCAGCAAACAUAAAAGAAUACAAUGAUAAGACUGGCAGAGUCUUAGAUUUAUGGAUACAGCGUAGUGAUGGCACAAGUACUGUAGCAAAGUUGCUAGAAAUACUGCAAUGGAUAGACCGAUAUGAUGUUCACGAUGACUUAUUGGAACUAGCAAGGAAUAAUCAACUCUUAGCCCAACCUGUAAAUGGUGUGCAGAUUCAUGGUGGUGUACCACAUGUCACAGGGGACAAUGAAGAAGAUCUCAUUACUUUUGAGGAUAAACAAUUUGGAACACCUCAACAUUAUCAUGCCUUUGUGCUGUAUGCAGAGGAAGACAGUAAUUUUGUUAAAAAUGAACUUCUCAGGCGAAUGAGAAAUGAAGGUUUUAGAAUGUGUAUUGAAGAAGACCUUCUCCCAGGACACAAUACCCGAUUUGCUGCUGUGGCUCGUCUGUUGACAGAGAGGUGUCGGAAAAUAAUUCUCAUUUUCUCUCCAGAUUUUCAUGGCAGCACUGCUAUUAGGUUUUACACAAACUUGGCUCAGGCUGAUGGUAUUGUGAAACGAGAGCUCAAGUUACUGCCUAUAGAGCUAGUUCCGACAGUGUUGCCGGCGAACCUGAGGCACUACUUCUGUCUCAAAUACUCCACAGAAUUGUCCAAUAUCUGUAAUUUUUGGGUGAAGCUCCAAAUGUCUUUAGAAUCCAAAGAGCUGCCUAGACUGCACUCGACGUCAUCCGCCCACUCGGCCAUCAACAUCACGGAGAUCACGGAGCGAGCUAUCGACGCUCCUCCGUCUAAGGACUACUUAGCUCUGCCGAGCGUUCCCAGGACGUCUUCCUCCCUCACCGGCCUAGACUCGAUCAACAUCGAUUACAGGAGUCGCAUACAGAUGCACGACACGAAGUCCCUCUCGCCCUCGAGCGAGAAAAAGAAGAAAAACGGUUAUUUUACGAAUAUUUUCAAUAAGCUUAAAGGUAAGAAGCACAAAAAGGCAAUUAUGCUACCGAACUGAAGGAACUUGGCUUGUGAACAUUUCGAUUAUUCCAUUUAUAUUAUUUAGAACAGUUAAGAUUUAUUACAGUGAAUAUGUUGUGUUAAGAUGCGUUUGAUCUCUUGAUAAAUGCAUUUUUUUUAAAGUUCUAUCUGCGGGUGAUAUCUUUACAAAAUGGUUUCUAGUUGGGCCUGCCUCGUUACUCUGUAAACAUAAAUGACAUGUAUUUCGGGUUUUUCAAAAAUUUGAAUUACCUAAUAAACGAAAAACGCGGGAGAUUUCAUUAUUUGUUUAAAAACUCAUGUAUUUAUAAGUAAAUUUUAAAUGUUACCAUUAUUGUUGCAAUAUUUAUCGCUUAAAAAGCAAAUUUUGCCUAAUUAAGAGGAAUCUAGGAAGAGUAUUAAAAAUUGUUUGUUAUUUAUUAUUGGAAGGAAUUUCGUUUAAUGACAAUAAGCGUGAAGAGAUUAUAAUGAAUCUUAUGUUAGAGUACAUUAUGGUUACGCCAGGAUUGAGCUCGUGUGUAGUUAAUCCUUAAAAUUCUAAUUUAGCCCUGCUGCGCAUAUUUAGUGAAAAUUUAUUAUUCAAAUUAUCGCUGUAAAAAUUUCAACCAUAAUUCGACUUUUGAUUAAAAAUUACAAAAUGAAGCUAGCAAUUAUAAAAGAUAUAAGUGCAUUUUAAUAAAAAAAAAUGUCUUGAAAGACAAUUUAUUUUGGAAAGAAAAUACAGACAUUAAAAUCAAUAAUUCAGCAUUUAAAUUUCUGGUUUACGGAGUCUAUUUACCAUCACGUUAAAAAAUAUAGUUACAAGCUGCUAAAUGCGAAACCAGGGUGCUUCCAAGAGUUAUAUUUUGUAUGUAUUUUUCUGUAUAGCUAGAUGUAAAGAGGAAAAUAAAACAUUUUUAAUAUUA